UUCACCACUCCUUUCUCACCGACUAGAUGGAAGAGGCCUGAGACUACAGAUCAAGGGCUUGGUCUUAGGCAUGUGGCAGAACACAGUGCUUACUGCUGAGCUGGGCAGUGGAUCCUGGAAAUACUGGAGGGGAAUGCCUGCCAGGAGGGUGGAGUUUUCACUAUUCCUAUCCAUCCUACUGAAUAUAAACCCUGAUUUGAUGUCAGUAAGCAGAAGGAGCAGCUGGCGGGACUCUCAUUUCAGCUCUCGUCAGUCACCAUGAAUCUCAAGGUAGUCCUCGUGUUCCUGGCACUGUCCCUCAUUACUGUCUUUGCCCUGGCCUAUGUCUUGCUGACCAGCCAACGUAGCUCCAGCCAGCCUCCCCGCUGCCCCUCUGUAUCCUACAGUGCCCAGCCCUGGACACACCCUGGCCAGAGCCAGCUGUUUGCAGACCUGAGCCGAGAAGAGCUGACGGCUGUGAUGAGCUUUCUGACCCAGAAGCUAGGGCCAGGCCUGGUGGAUGCAGCUCAGGCCCAACCCUCAGACAACUGCGUCUUCUCGGUGGAGCUGGAGCUGCCCCCCAAGGCUGCAGCCCUGGCCCACCUGGACAGGGGGAGCCCCCCGCCUGCCCGGGAGGCACUGGCCAUCGUCUUCUUUGGCGGACAACCCCAGCCCAAUGUGACUGAGCUGCUGGUGGGGCCGCUGCCGCACCCCUCCUACCUGCGGGACGUGACUGUGGAGCGUCACGGGGGCCCCCUGCCCUAUCACCGACGCCCCGUGCUGGGAACUGAGUCUGCCCAGAUGUGGAAGCAUUUGAAAGAGGUGGAGCUCCCCAAGGCACCAGUCUUCCUGGCUUCUGUCUUCAACUACAAUGGUUCCACUUUGGCAGCUCUGCACGCCACCCCUCGUGGCUUGCGCUCAGGGGACCGUGCUACCUGGAUAGCCCUCUACCAUAACAUCUCAGGUGUUGGGAUUUUCCUUCACCCUGUGGGGCUCGAGCUACUGCUGGACCACAGGGCCUUGGACCCUGCCCGCUGGGCUGUCCAGCAGGUCUUCUACCUUGGGCACUACUAUGCAGACUUGGGUCAGCUGGAAUGGGAGUUUAAGGCUGGCCGGCUGGAAGUGGUUAGAGUUCCUCUACCCCUGCCAGAUGGGGCCUCAUCGCUGCGAUCGCGGGUCUCCCCAGGUCCUCUUCCCCCUCUUCAGUUCUCACCUCAGGGCUCCCGGUACAGUGUGCAAGGGAACCUAGUGGCGUCCUCCCUUUGGACGUUUACCUUUGGCCAUGGGGUGUUCAGCGGCAUGAGGAUUUUUGAUGUUCGGUUCAAGGGUGAGCGAGUGGCCUAUGAAGUCAGUGUCCAGGAGUGUGUUUCUAUCUAUGGUGCCGAUUCACCCAAGACAAUGAUGACCCGAUACCUGGAUAGCAGCUAUGGACUUGGCCAUCACAGCCGGGGCUUGGUGCGGGGAGUGGACUGCCCCUAUCAGUCUACCAUGGUGGACAUCCACGUAUUAGUGGGCAAAGGGGCAGUCCAGCUGCUCCCGGGGGCUGUGUGUGUGUUUGAGGAGGCCCAGGGACUACCCCUCCGCAGGCACCACGGUCACCUUCAGAGUCAUUUCUAUGGUGGUUUGGCUGGCUCGGCCCUUGUAGUCAGGUCUGUGUCCUCUGUAGGCAACUAUGACUACAUUUGGGACUUUGUAUUGCACCCAAAUGGGGCGCUUGAAGGGCGGGUCCAUGCCACGGGCUACAUCAACACAGCUUUCCUGAGCGGGGGCGAGGAGAGCCUCCUCUUUGGGAACCGCGUUGGGGAGAGAGUGCUGGGGGCGGUGCACACGCAUGCCUUCCACUUCAAGCUGGACCUGGAUGUGGCAGGGCUGAAAAACUGGGUGGUAGCUGAAGACGUGGUGUUUAAACCUGUGGCAGCCCCUUGGAGUCCGGAGCACCAACUGCAGCGCCCACAGCUGACUCGGCAGGUCCUGGGAAGGGAGGACCUGACAGCUUUUUUCUUGGGGGACCCCCUUCCCCGCUACCUUUACUUGGCUAGCAACCAGACUAAUUCCUGGGGUCACCAGCGCGGGUACCGAAUCCAGAUCCACAGCCCUCUUGGCAUACACAUGCCCCUGGACAGCGACAUGGAGAGGGCCCUCAGCUGGGGGAGAUACCAGCUUGUGGUGACCCGGAGGAAGGAGGAGGAGUCACAGAGCAGCAGCAUCUAUUACCAGAAUGACAUCUGGACACCCACUACAGCCUUUGCUGACUUCAUCAACAAUGAGACCCUGUUAGGAGAGGACCUGGUGGCUUGGGUUACAGCCAGCUUCCUGCACAUCCCUCACGCUGAGGAUGUCCCCAACACAGUGACUCUGGGGAACAGAGUUGGCUUCUUGCUCCGACCCUAUAACUUCUUUGAUGAGGACCCCUCCAUCUUCUCCCCUGGCAGCGUCUACUUUGAGAAGGGCCAGGAUGCUGGGCUCUGCAGUGUCAAUCAUGUGGCCUGCAUCCCCCACCUGGCGGCCUGUGUCCCGGACCUGCCGCCUUUCUCUUACCAAGACUUGUAGCCCUGAGUGUGUGGUGGGACAUGGGCAGGGCGGAGAGGGGAUGCCAAGACAUGUACGUUCCUCUCUGUUCCCACUUCCUGCUCCCCUGACACUCGACCCUUGGGAAACCGCCUCCUACCACGUAAACCCCCAUAUAUCCUUUGGUUAACUCUUAUUUCCAGUUCAUUUUUUAAAAAUGAUGAAUUUAUACAAAUGAUGUUGAUAUUAAAAAAGCUAAAACACCACAAGUCCUACCACUCAGAAACAGCAUUCACAUUUGGUGAACGUUAUACCAGACAUUUCUUUAAUGCAUGUGCAUUGAAGUGGAAGAAUAGAUAGAAUUUUGUAAGAACUG